AUGCGGCUGUACUUUCUCGCGCUCCUUAGCCUGGGCGCUGCUACUGUUGCGGCUCCCGUGGCGAGCGAGUCCAGCUCUGAUGUUUCUGCUGGAGGUGGCGGUAGAGGAUGGGGCGGUGGACUCGGCGGUGGUGAAGGCUCUGGAAUUGGAGCCGGUGAAGGCAGCGGCGAAGGCUAUGGGGGCGGAGAAGGUGCCGGUGCUGGAGAUGGUGAAGGUGGCGGCAUCGGCGGUGGUGGUGGUGAGGGUGGUGGCUUCGGUGCUGGGGGUGGCUUUGGUGCCGGGUUUGGCGCUGGUGGUGGAAUUGGUGUAGGCGGGGGAUCAGGAGGUGGUGGUGGUUUGGGAGGUGGUGAGGGUGGUGGCUACGAGUAA